CCUCUGCACUGGGUGGGGCGACCCCCUUCAAAAGCCCAGAGUCUCCAGCAGCCGCGUCUUCCUCCUCCGGAGCGGGCGAGCUUCUGAUGCAGCUGGAUCUGGAUCGGAGAUGAGGAACAGAAUCUUGCUGAGUCUCGCUUAAACGCGAAUCCUGGGGUCGGGAAAUUUCGAGCAUAAGGCCACUCUUCUCUGAGUUUUCCCUAGAUCUGCCCCACUCCAUGGCAGCCCACCUGCUUCCCAUCUGCACCCUCUUCCUGACCCUGUUCGGCAAGGCCCAAGGCCUUCGGGACCCUCUAGUCCCCAGUCAGCCCUUCACCACCGUCUGGAACGCAAACACCCAGUGGUGUCUGGAGAAGCACGAUGUGGACGUGGAUGUCAGUGUCUUUGAUGUGGUGACCAACCCAAAGCAGACCUUCCGUGGCCCUGACAUGACCAUUUUCUACAGAUCCCAGCUGGGUACCUACCCCUACUACACACCCUCGGGGGAGCCCGUGUUUGGUGGCCUGCCCCAGAACGCCAGCCUGGAUACCCACCUGGCCCUCGCAUUCCAGGACAUCCUGGCUGCCAUCCCUGAGUUCAACUUCUCAGGGCUGGCAGUCAUUGACUGGGAGGCAUGGCGACCCCGCUGGGCCUUCAACUGGGACAGCAAGGACAUUUACCGGCAGCGGUCACGGGCACUGGUGCGGAGCAGGCACCCUGACUGGUCAGCUACGCGGGUAGAGGCAGUGGCCCAGGAGGAGUUUCAGGAGGCUGCACAGGCCUGGAUGGCGGGUACCCUCAGGCUGGCACAGGCACUGCGGCCUCGUGGCCUCUGGGGCUUCUAUGAAUUCCCUGACUGCUACAACUAUGACUUUCUACACCCCAACUACACCGGCCGGUGCCUGCAGACUGUCCAGACCCAGAACAACCAGCUGGGGUGGCUAUGGAACCAGAGCAGUGCCCUAUACCCCAGCAUCUACCUGCCUGCAGCCCUGGAGGGCACGAGGAAGACACAGAUGUUUGUGCGGCACCGUGUGGGAGAGGCAUUCCGUGUGGCCUCGAGGUCACGGGACCCCAGCCUACCAGUGCUGCCCUACUUCCAAAUCUUCUAUGACAUGACAGACCAUUUUCUUUCCCUGGGAGAUCUGGAGCACAGCCUUGGAGAGAGCACGGCUCAGGGAGCAGCAGGCGCGGUGCUCUGGGUGAGCUGGGAGAACACAAAAACCAAGGAAUCGUGCCAGGCAAUCAAGAAAUAUGUGGACACCACACUAGGACCCUUCAUCCUGAAUGUGACCGGUGGGGCUCGUCUGUGCAGUCAAGUCCUGUGCUCAGGCCAUGGCCGCUGUGCUCGGCGCCCCAGCCACCCUGAGGCUCUCCUUUUUCUUAAUCCUGCCAGUUUCUCCAUCUACCACAGGCCUGGUGGUGGGCCCCCCAUUCUACAAGGUGGCCCUUCACUUGAAGAUCUGAAGCAAAUGGCUGUAGAGUUCAAAUGCCACUGCUACCACGGCUGGACAGGAACCUCAUGUGAGCGGCAGAGCAUGUGGUGAUCGGGCUCAUGCUGAGAGUCACACACUGAGCACCCAGGGCUCUCUGGGCCUGGCCAGGGUCGUCUCAAGUAAGGACACAGUCACCCGAGUGAUGGUGACAGUGUCCUCAGUCACGGUCAGGCACAUUCCCCUCACACGCACACACACUUGCAGACCAAGUCUCAGGCAGACCCACAGCAUGGCCCUGGGAGGGGUAUGUCAUAAACAUCUCUCAGUGUCUCUUGGAGACACUGAACCAGACUUUCAACCGCAGCGAUCACAAGAACUAACACGCACUCUCAUGACGCCAUGUGGAAAGUAAGGCACGUACAGGGAGGGUGAGCACUUUGCCCAAGAUUGCACAGCUAGAAAGGAGACGUGAAUCCCAGGCUUUGUGACUACUGAGGUAUAGAACUGCUGGGCUCUGGGAGUGCGGUAGCGCAGCGGGUUAAGCGCACGUGGUGCAAAGCGCAAGGGCUGGAGUAAGGAUCCCGGUUCGAGCCCCCGGCUCCCCACCUGCAGGGGAGUCGCUUCACAAGUGGUGAAGCAGGUCUGCAGGUGUCUGUCUUUCUCUCCCCUUCUCUGUCUCCCCUCCUCUCUCCAUUUCUCUCUGUCCUAUCCAACAACAACAGCAACAACAACAACGAUAAACAAAAGGGGAUAAACAAAAGGGCAACAAAAGGGGAAAAAAUGGCCUCCAGGAUCAGUGGAUUCAUGGUGCAGGCACCAAGCCCCAGUAAUAACCCUGGAGGCAAAAUAAUAAUAAUAAUAAUAAUAAUAAUAAUAAUAAUAAUAAAUAAUAAGCUGCUGGGCUCCUGCUGUGUGUUGAUGGUGACCAGCCCUGUGUGUGACUCAUAAUCUGCUCAGAUGCACCAGCCUUCAAAAUAAAGCAGAUAAGACUCGUA